UUAAUAUCCUAUAUCGAACUUUCGUUUCGUCUCAUUAGAAGGACGGUUUUGGAAACAUUAUCUACAGGAAAGUGUUUUAAAUUAAGUCAACGUUUGCUCGUGUGAUUACAAUGUUUCAACUUGUAAUUGAAAUUCAGAUUUUAGUUGGUUGUCGAUAAGAAACAGUGUUUCACCGAAUAGUGCUCGUAAUUGGUUUGCAAUUUAAAUGGAUGCAAACGGAAUUACAAAAAUAAUAAGAAAGGCUUGCAUACGGUAACACGAGUAAGUACUACGAGUGCCGGUGUCGUGUGCACUUUACCUGCAUUAUUAAUCAGUGACUAACUGAGAAGUCAGGGCGUUUAAUGGGCUUAUCGGUAGCCGUUAUCGCCCGCUGAUAGUCGAAGAUGGUGUACGGGCGUCUGUUUGUUUUCAUAAGCAAACACAGCACCGCACAUUUGAUAAACUGACGGCGUAUAUCAGUUGACAGUGUUGGCUGUCAAAAACAGGCUGUUGAGGAAUUUCGAACAGUCAUUAGUUAUGUCUGUUGGUCGAUGACGACAUAGGAAUUCGGGUUAGAUCAUGCGGUGUUGGUAUCUGUGUUUUUAAAUUGAUAAAAUAAUGAAGUACAUGGAUUUUCAAGUUCGUUAUUUUAGCGCGUAUUGGUGCAAUAUUAAAGAUUUUAUGUGAUUUAUUAGACAGACCGAUGGUUUGUUUAUUGUAACAGCUGUAUAUGCGGAUGACAGUAACCCUGAGCUAUAUACAUGUAGAUGUCAAGCGUAAAAAACACACACGAACAAACGCAAGUAAUUCCGUGGUGCUACUGACGUUAUUAAAACAGGAUCAGGUGUUCGUCUUUAAUUUUACAAGUUUGGUUACACAUUACGUGAUUAGUACGUUAUUCUAGUGAUUAAACAAUCGACAGGUCAGUGAGCAUUUAUUGUUAAUGUUAUUUCGGAUUACGCACACAUUAACGGAAAUAAAUUAAUUUAAAGGAGGCAAAACAAUGCGUUCGAAACCAGAAAAACCGCGCAAAACGAGCGCUCGCCAAUUAGCCACUAAUAACAGCAUGGCAGAUCCCACCACAAUAAACGUUCAAAAAAUACUUUUACAACACACUCAACGUAGACUGGAUCGCUUAAUGAAAUUACUCAGCGCUGCCCAUCUAUCAAAACCGACGCAAUCCAGCCAACCAGUAAUGUUUGAAGAAUUAGUUCGCCGGUCGCUCAUUGGGGACAUGUUUAACACCGGAUUUUCCACCGGGCCAUUUGGACUUACAUCAUCUGCAAUGCAGUCUCCGACGACGCCCGAAACGGAAACGGAAGUGGAAUUAUCAGCAACAUGCGAUGACAUUCAAGGGAGGGACCGGCCUUGCUGUAACCAGGCUGUGCGCUGUUUUGAGGAUUUUCCUAAGUUGGUCGGGGAUGACUUGGACAAUUCAGUUCAGGGCUCAUUCGCCUUCGCUUCCGCCUGCAGGAAGCUGGGGUCGGAGUUAAAGCGUGACAAGCUAUGCGUACAGAAUGCGCUGUCGUCGUGUGGCGGCCUCAACCGCAAUCUUAUACAGCGACGCUUCGAUACGCGGGUCAAUAACAUCUACAGCCAGUACAACCGCUACUGUUUGCCGACCACGACGGCAGUAACCACUUCUGAGCCGGCAACAACACCAACCUCCGCGCCGGUAGUACCCACGACUAAGACGCUUCCCCCGGAGGCUCCAAGCCCUAUCGAUCCACCAACAGGCGGUCCGCCGUUCAGCGCCCCCACCGACGGAAGCGGGGGUCGCGAAAUCGCCCACACACAUGAUAUAGACUCGCCAGGCGCGUCGUCGGCAAUCAUCGCGGGGGUGGUGACCGGUGGUGUCAUCCUGGCUCUCGUUCUCAUCAUUGCCGUCGUCUUGUGGUGCAGGCAUAAACGAAACAGGCACGCUUCCGGUAGCUCCUCAGACAGCGCAGGCGUAUUCUUCCAGAAGCGUCCUAACACAUCGGCCAACCAGCAAAGGAACAACAACAACAAACCCAACCUAGAUCGGCAACUCUCGGACCUCUACGCGGAAAUAGACGAAGCGAUGGUGAACCCUGGAUAUAAACCCCCAGUGCCCGGAUCGCUGUCACUUCCUGGGUACAUACAUCCGGUGAGCGACGACGACUCCGGCUCCUCCUACACCCCUGCACCUACUUCCGGUCGGGCUGCUAUAACGACACGGGGACAGCUGAGUUAUGGCCCUAUACUCGCAGCCAACGCCCGAAAAACCAGCGGCGUGGUGACUCCUUACCACACAACUACCAUAAUUACUGACGCGGAUUUGAACAGAAUGAAGCGAAACGAGAUGCGCAGUUCGGACAUUAGCUUGCCCCCAAGGUUUCUGUCAAGGGAUCUCAACAAUGGAUCAGCAGAGCGUAUAACUGAUCUAGAUGAGGAGAGCGUUCAGGACGACUAUGAGCUCCCGAUCAGCGCAAACGCCUCUCUGAAAUACGCCUCGCUAGACAACGAACCGGAACCUCCUCCUAGCACGCCGGCCCCGGCUGUACCGUCUGCUGAAUCCACACCGAACACACAGGCCAAGCACAAGAAAAUGGCGGUGAAAGUUUUACCGUCUAACCCUUUUCCGCACGUGUCCGCCAGUUCAAAUUCAUCUUCGGGUGCCGCAUCGGGCACACCGGCUAGCGGCCCGGUACCAACGCCACGCAAGAGAUACGACAUGAACAGCGAUAGCUCUAAACCGGAAAAAGACGAACAAGCUCAAACUAACAUCAAUCAUGAUUCUAUGAUAUCUCAAUCGUUGUCGACCAAUGACAGAGUGAGUCAGAUGAAAGACAGCGAUAAAGCGCCUAUCAGUCGAGACUCGUGUGUGUCAGAAUCGAGCGCGAAGUCAAGCCAUCAUUACUACGUUCUGGAAAAAGAGGAAAACGACAGAAAAGACGACAGAAAGGACGACUUUGACUAUGCAAACUCAAUAAGUCCUGCACAACUUGUGUAAAUACUCAAUUUACUUCAAACAGAUGCUGUACAUGUACAUUGCGUUUAUUUAAUAAAUAUUUAAAAUACA